AUGUCUCUCCGCAUCGUCCCCGCCGACGCGCACGCCUCCACCUACUCCCACAUCCGCCCCUCCGCCCAUGGCGCCCCUUCCGCCCCAGGCCUCCACGACACCCUCCGCGCCGGCGUGGGCCCAGACCCCUUCGCCCAGACCUACAACUCCACGGCCCCCAGCUCCGCCCACCCCCUUGAGACGCGCCUCAAGCAGUGGGAGACCACACAGGAGAGUCUGCGCAUGGAGUCCCUCCGGCGGACGUUUGGCAUCGCGGAGCCCAUCCGCCGCGGCAUGGAGCUCAAGAUCACCCGGGAGGGCCAGUGGCGGCCGCUGGCCCUGGGCGGGGGCGCCGCCGGGAGCGUGCACGAGGAUAUACUCAAGGGGCGCGAGGCCACCGUCGACUGGGAGGAUGUGUUCUCCGGUGAGGACCAGAGGGGUGUUGUUGGCGUGCACGAGGAGAUGGAGAGAAAAUUGAAGAUCUGA